UACUCCAUGUAAUACUAAUAUUUUACAACUGCCGACCGUAACUAAGAUUACCUGUCAUAUGCAUAAUAAAAUGACGAAGAAAUCAAUGUUAAUAAAACUUAAAAAAGCUAGAAAGAGAAAGGGAAAGAGGGUACGUGCAGGCGUGGAAAGCCAUACAAAUGGAUAAUUAGGAUAAGAAAAAUCGGAUUAUAGUAAAACCCCGCCAAUCAAUCAUUCCAUCAAGCUGGCCCCACCUUCAUCAAUCCCCACCUACAGCACUACACACAGUCUCUUCAUGAUCAAGGAUGAUUAACCAUUUAGCUACUACUAUUUCAUGAUCAAGAGAUAGAAAGUAGUAAUCAAUUUACGAACCUAACCAACAUAAUUCCCUGUUAAACCUCUGCUUCCUUCCCCUAGCCAUGGGAGCCCAAGUUUCCAAACAAAUCGAGCGCCGCACGGACAUCAAAACGGAGAAGAAAGUCCUCGCCGACCUAAAACAGACCUGCGGCUGCGACUACCCCGGCUGUGAUUACCGCCCUUCCGAUCGGAAAAACUGGAUGUCCGCCCUCAAUCCAGACAAGCUCCGCAUCAACCAGAUCGUGUGGCCAGGCACGCACGACUCCGCCACCAACCAAAUCGGCAUCCCCUUCAUCAGCCGCCCCUUCGCCCAGUGCCAAACCCUCUCCAUCUACGACCAGCUCGUCGCCGGCGCGCGCGUCCUCGACGUCCGCAUCCAGGAGGACCGCCGCGUUUGCCACGGCAUCCUCCUCACCUACUCCGUCGACGUCGUCAUCGCCGACGUCAAAAAAUUCCUCACCGAAACGCAAUCGGAGAUCAUAAUCCUGGAAAUACGCACCGAAUUCGGCCACACCGAUCCGCCAGAUUUCGAUCAGUACCUCAAGGAUCAGCUCGGCGAUUACCUAAUCCACCACGACGAUCGCGUUUUCGAGAAGACGAUCGCGGAGAUCCUGCCGCGGCGAGUGAUCUGCGUGUGGAAGCCGCAGAAGGCACCGGCGCCGGCGGCGGGGGAUCCGCUGUGGAGCAGCGGGUACUUGAAGGACAACUGGACCGACACGGACAAGCCGUCGACGAAAUUCGAGAGCAAUAUGAAGCAUUUGGGGGAGCAGCCGGCGACGGUGGGGAGGAAGUAUUUCUACCGGGUUGAAAACACGGUGACGCCGCAGGCGGAUAACCCGAUCCUGUGCGUGAAGGCGGUUACGGGUCGGAUCCAGCCCUACGCGAGGACGUUUAUUGCAGAGUGUGUUAGGCGGGGAAUUGCGGAUCGGUUGCAGAUAUUUUCCACCGAUUUUAUUGAUGAUGAUUUUGUGGAUGCAUGCGUUGGCCUCACCUCCGCCAAGGUUGAGGGCAAGGCCUGACGGUCGGCAUAAAUAUCUAACCCUAAGAGCAUCGACAAUGGCGCCUAGCGCACCGCUUAGCCGAGCCUCGGCGCUAGGCGGUGCGCUCGGCGAACCAUUGCAACCGCUUAGCGGUUUUCCGAAAAAAAAAUCGCCUAGCGCUCGGCGCCAUUGCAGGGUCCGGAUCGCCGAGCGCAUCGCUUAUUUGAGUGGAGGCGGCGGCAACGGCGGCGACGGAGGCGACAGAGACGAGGAGUGAAUUUUUUUAAUUA